AUGUCGGCCGCUGAAACGCGAGAUCGCUCCGACUCGCUCCACUCGGACGAGAAAGAGGCGCUCGGCUACCCCAUCCAAGCUCAGACGCUCUCCAAGGACACAGGUGUCUCGCACGAUGCCGAAGCCAACCAGAUCACAGAGGACAUCAACUCGGGCUUUGACGAGGCCGAAGUGAAGCGUGUUCGCCGAAAGGUCGACAGGCGUCUGUUGCCCAUCCUGGGAGCGCUCUACUCGAUCGCGCUGAUCGACCGAACCAACCUGUCGGCGGCUCGUAUCGCGGGUGCCGGUAAGGAGCUCAAGUUGACGGCGGGUACCAACUACAGUAUCCCGCUGCUCAUGUUCUUCGUGCCCUAUAUCAUCCUCGAGAUGCCGUCCAACCUGCUACUGCGAAAGAUCGGUGCAGCUAGGCAGCUGUCGUUCCUCGCGCUUUGCUGGGGUGUGGUCAUGAUCGGUCAAGGGUUCGUCAAGACAAGGCAUCAGCUGACCGCCACUCGAGCUCUCAUCGGUGCUUUCGAAGCUGGCUUCUUCCCUGCCUGCGUCUGGCUCAUCUCGACGUGGUAUGUUCGAAGGGAGUCGCAGGUUCGCAUGUCAGCCUUCUACUUGAUCUCGGUCGGUGUCUCUGGCUUCUCCAACAUCCUCGCCUAUGCCAUGUCGCUCAUCAAGGUGGCCGAUCGCACGUUCCUCGGCUGGCGCUGGAUCUUUAUCAUCGAAGGCUUGGCCACAGUCGUUCUCGCUGUGGUUGCCUACUUUACCAUCAUCGACUUCCCCGACAAGGCGGCGGAAAAGGGAUUCCUGACGAUUGCCGAGCGCGACAUGAUUCUGGCGCGAAUUCAGCGCGACCGAGGUGAUGCUAAACCGGAUGCACUCACCUGGGGCAAAGCUGCCAGAUACGCCACGGACAUCAAGGUAUGGCUCUAUGGUCUGAUGUUCAUGUGCACCACCAUGCCCACCUACGCGUUUGCAUACUUCCUGCCCGUCAUCCUGAGAGGGCUUGGGUACUCGAUCAAGGACUCGUUCCUUCUCGGUGCUGCUCCUUACUGUGUUGCCAUGGUUGGAGCGUUCGGCACGGCUGUGCUUGCGGACCGCUUCUUCAUCCGAAUGCCGAUCCUGAUCGCACAGUGCCUGCUGACGAUUGCGGGUUUGGGAAUGCUCUUUGCCACCAAGCAGCGCCACGUGCAGCUCGCGGGAUGCUUCCUGGGUGUCUGGGGUGCCAACGCCAACAUUCCGUUCGUGCUCAACUUUUCGCAGAACAACGUGGCGGGGCAGAGCAAGAAGUCGUUCACGUCGGUGAUCGUCAUCAUGUUUGGUGGUAUCGGAGGAAUCUUUGCCUCGCUCGCCUACAACGAGAAGGACGCGCCUCUGUACCGCAAGGGCCUGUACGCGACCCUUGCGUGCCAGGCUUUCAACGUGCUUUGCGGGUUUGGCUUCACGCUCUACUUCUACGCUGCCAACAAGAAGAUUCGUGCUGGCCGCAAGGUGGUCGAUGACCGCCCUGGCUUCACCUACACCAUCUAG